GUCAUUCUAGUCUUACACAAACCAAACAUAAACAGAGUGCUUUAGACCACAGAGGUUAUAAUAAUAUUGACUAAAAAAUGAGUGAACAAAAUGACAAAUUAUUGAUAGGAGGCAAUCAAAAUAAAAUGGGAAAGAAUAAAGAGAAUUAUGAACUAGAAGAAAUAAGUAAACUGGUGCCUCAAAAUGAACCAAUAACGCCUAUGCAAGAGAUCAACAAAGCGUAUGAGCUGAGCAAAUUCGGACGGUUUCAUGUCAAACUGCUAUUCGUCAGUUUCUUUGGAUGCGUGGCCAGUAUCCUAGUGACCAAUACUACGUCAUAUUUACUACCGAUAGCAGAAUGUGAUCUGAAUAUGGACCUUAAACAGAAGGGAUUAUUGACUGCUAUGCCUUAUUUUGGUAUGUUUGUGUCGACAGUAAUAGCUGGUUUAUUAAUAGACACGUUUGGAAGGAUAUAUUUUCUAAGGAUCGGAUUUGGGGGGAUAUUCCUAUGUACUUUAUUCUCUGCGUCCAGUCAGACUUAUGAGAUGUUAGCUGCUGCGAAACUCUGUGAAGGUAUUCUAUUUGCAACAUCUCUAGCAGCAAUAUCGUCUUUGACAUCGGAAUUCUGUCACACAACAGUAAGGGAUCGUGUGAUGCUGUGCCAAUCCUCAUUCGCUGCUAUAACGCAGAUUCUAUCACCAGCUAUGGCUUGGGGUAUACUUAUACAAGACUGGAAGUAUAGCUUCUUUGAGGGUCGUUUUGUACUUAACAUUUGGAACUUCUACUUACUCAUAAUGUCUCUAUGGUCGUUAACAGCCUUCCUCUUAUACAUGAUACUACCAGAAAGUCCAAAAUAUUUGGUGACACAGAAAAGAUACGUCGAAGCGAAGAAUAUUCUGAUACAAGUGUAUUCCGAGAACACGGGAAAACCUGCCGACACUUUUCCGUAUCAAAACAUAUUUGAAAAUGAGAUGAAGGAGGCUGCAGCUACCAAAACUGAUGGGGAAGUUAAAGAUAACUUUACUAGGAAAAUUGUAAACUCCCUCAAGAAUAUGAAACCGCUACUGAGAAGACCGCUAUUGGGCUAUUUGUUACUAAUUGCAUUGAUGCAGUUCAUUACUUUAGGAACACACAACGUUAUACGGUUGUGGUUUCCACAGCUGUCGACAAUUGUGGAACAUUACAGUCUAGAGGGUGGUCAAAAUUUGUGUGGCCUAUUAGAUGAAUAUACAGGCAGUUUGAAAGUCAAAAGUUCUUCGAAUUCUACUUCAGAUGUCUGCAUACCGCACGUAAGCGGUUCAGAAACCUACAUCAACAGCAUAAUCAUUGGUCUCAUCAGCCUUCUCCCAUACUUCAUCAGUGGUGUCAUCGUGAACAAAGUUGGCAAGAAGGUUCUACUGUUCGUUGGUGGUGUCUUGUCUAGCGGAUCCUUGCUUGGCCUGAGGUGGUCGAAUUCUAAAACCAUGAUGGUCGCAUUCUUCUCCUCAAACAUUGCUGUAACGCAGACGAUGAAGAGUUUGACACAGGUCGUGUUGAUUGAUGUGUUUCCUACUGCUAUGAGGACGAUAUCAUUAUCUCUAGUUAUGCUGAUUGCUCGCAUGGGUACGUUGGUCGGCAACGUCACCUUCCCCAUACUCCUAGCCAUGGGCUGCUCCAUACCUUUCUACACGAUGGCUGCGCUCAUGGGAUUUGUCGUGAUAUUAACUGUAUUCCUGCCAAAGAAGAAACAAUAAAGUACUUAUUAGGAUUAUUAUUUAGUUAUAAGUUAAGAUACUUAAUAAAUAUACCACUAUUUAUGUUGA